AUGCCUUCUCUCUUCAAGACCAUUGUGGCUGCUCUUGCCGUCACUGCCUCCCCAGCUCUUGCUAACUUGUCACUGCUCCGGUCUCCAGUACCGUAUGCACAGGUGGCCAAUCGUGCACAAUCUCCUGGACGGAUGAUGGGACCAGCCCCAGCCUCGCCACGCUCCAAAACAUGGUCGUCGCUCUCUAUUAUGAUACUGGUAACGGCCAGCCUGAUGCAGUCCAUUGCCACUGUAAACGUUGCGACGACCAGUCAUUUGACCUUCACUGUUAACCCAUCUAUCGGCCCUAAUGGGUCAGGCUACUUUAUCCGAUUCAGGACCCCCAACGCCGCCCACACGGCCUAUUCGGCCAAGUUUACGCUCAAGGGCAUGACUGGUGUUAAUACCCUGGCCCCAACCACUCGCGCUACUAAAGCCUUGCCUAGCCCCACCGCUGCCACUGGUGGUGCCUUCAAGAACGACGCUCCUGGUGCUCUUGCCGCUGGUGUUGCCGUCGUCGCCGGUGCUAUGGUUAAGUCAAAGGUCUCUUUAGACCGUCAUCAUGCCCUUAAGAGCUCCUUACCUUCUCUCGUGCACAGUCCGGGCCUUGAACAACUACUAGCUUUCGCACGAUCAUUCUCCCAGAGACGUCCACAACUUCUCAUCGACCCAGCUUGCACUUUGCUCCUCGCUAAUGCUUUCUCUAUCAGCUUGCCCCUUCCACCUAAGUUGAAAGUUGCUUUGCUGUCAGGGCCCUCACCGUUCGCGCUUCCGACCUCAUAG